AUGGAAAGAGUUGGUGCUCUACAACGGGAUUUCGAAUGUGGUGGGGCUUCGCUGUCGUUCAGUUCUGACUCUUCCGAUGUGAUUGUGAGGUCGGAGAUUGUGUGCAAUGUCAUGAACAGGGACAUAGUUUCUGGUCUUGCCCACUUGCAUGAACUUGGAAUCAUGCAUUGGGAUUUAAAGACUCAAAACGUAAUAGUAGAAAAGGAGCAUCCGUCGAUGCCUUGCCAGUCUGGAUGUAGCAGUUCAAAGUUCCCAUUGCAUGGACAUGGGGCUUUGACCAAGCAACCAGCAAGCCCGCGGCAGGUGACUAAAAGGAAAGAGGCUUCAAGAACCUCAGCCUCUGCAAGCUUGGAGACGAGUAGUAAUAAACCGUUGUUUUCAAAGUUUACUGUCAGUCCCCUGAGAAGAUUCCAGUUGAUUGAUUCUGAUUCUGAUGAUCCUUCUGUUAGUGAAGAUGCAAACAAAGAGACUAAUAAAGUAGAAUCACCUAUGAAGGAGAAACAAUGUAAUGAUGGUAAUCCAACUACGAGUCAACUGAAGAGAACUAAAGCAUCAGUGUAUCUCAAACAGAGGAUUUUUGGAAAGAUUUCUAUACAGAGAAGAGUGUCCACAUCCCCACUCCUGCUCUGGACGAGUUCUGUGAAGAUUGAAGAAUAUUUCAGAUCUGGAAAGGAGAAGAAGGGAGAUUUUGUUCCGAGGAUCCAGAAAUUAGUCAGCAGUCGUUUAUCCUACUUUUUCCCUCCGGGUGCUAUACAUAACAGUGUGAACAAGCAUUCCUUCGCAUCUGUUAUUGAUUACAGGUACUGUGCUUUGCAGUCACUUCAGCUUAUCUACACUAUUUUGAUUCCGAAAGAUGCUGGGAAAAGACGGGUUCAUGCAGUUGGUCAAUCUGGCGGCCAUUGGUACACAGGUCCUGAUGGAAAGAGAGUUUACAUCUCUAACAAUGGACAGGAGUUGGCUGGUCGAAUUGCUUACAUACAUUACAGGAAGGAAAGUGGAGCUGGUUUUAAAAGGUCAAAAAAGAAAACUGCUGCUAAGAAUACUUCUCAGAAAAAGAAACCUGCUGCUAAGAGGAAAUAACAGCCGCAGCUCCAGCCCCCAUUAUGUGUUGAAUAGUUUCGGGCAUCAUCGCCAUGGGUAUGCUGUAAUCGUAUUCUAAUUUUGUGAUUUGCUUUUUGUGCGUUAAAAUCAACUGCCUUGAUUGGCUUGAACUUGAACAUAUAUAUCCGAAGUUACCUUUAAACCCCACCACAGCAGCCUCAGAUUCUCCAUCAAACCCCCCAUUGGAAAACCCAAGACCCUCACUCUCUAUCCAUCUCAUUCCGUUGUAUGGACACAAUGGUACCUUGAAGAAAUAGAACAUGUGUCGGUCGUCCAAAGUCAUCUUCAGUGGAGAAGCUUACUAAUAUGCACGAUCUUACAAGAACAAAGGUCCUCCCACAUCUCUGUAUCUUUUGUAGAGGAUUUGCUUUUUGAGAGCGAUGCAACUAUGGUCUCUGUUGAGAUAGGACUUGGAAGAGGAAUUGUUGAUUUGUGAUGGUGGGAAGGGACAAGUUUCAUGAGCAAUGGAUAUCCCCCUAUUUCAUAUACUCCAGUUUAGUAGGAGUAUCUUGCAAGGAGAUCUGUUAUGUUUUCUUUGUUUUCUUUUAGGAUAAAAAGCAAGUUCAUUCUUGAGCCAUUUAGUGUCAAAUGGUGUUCAACCCGUUAGUCAAAGUUGUUGUCAACAAAAGACAAAGCCAUCUUUAGUGCAAAAUUGGACAGCAAUUCUACCAUUUGUCAAAUUUGUCACGUCAUCCAAGCUAAUAGGUUGGCGGCGAAAAAU